GUUACGUUUUAAAUGCGCUUCAUUGAAUAGAAGCUGCUCGUUCCCACUUUUAUUAACAAUUAUGGCUGAGGUACCAGUGUGCGGGUUCGGCCACAGUUAGUCGUUAGUCUGUGCAUUGUUCGAGAGACUAAGUAACAGAGUUUCACAAGGAAGUCAGUCUGAUUCCACAUUCUUCCUCCCCCACGGGAACGCAUUCUAGAUACGGGAUCUUCCGCAGGCGAUACGCAAUUCUAAGCCAGUCAUACUAAAAUACGUCAGGCCUUUACCACUCAGGGUGUAACCGAAGCUGUAUUUAACAGGAAUAGUCACGACCCGUUAUAUUUAUUUCUAAAAUAAACUGGAUACGAAACUGUCCAGUUUGUAGGGGAAAGUCUCCUAUGGAUACUUGUCACACUGACCUGACUCCGAGAUCUGCAGCAGCUUCUGAAGCUCUCUGCCAUCUGCACAAUGAGAAAUUCAAGCUCUUCUGUUUGGACGACCAGACACCCGUGUGUGUCGUCUGUCAAACCUCAGAAAAACAUGAAAAUCACAAAUUGCGACCCACAGAGGAAGCUGCAGAAAAACACAAGGGGGACCUGAAGUCUGCACUGAAAUCUCUGCAGACAAAGCUGACAGAUUUCAAUGAAUUACAACAGACCUGUAUCCAAACAGCAGAACACAUCAAGACUCAAGCUUGGUACACAGAGAGACUGAUAAAGGGGGAGUUUGAGAAACUUCACCAGUUCCUAAAGGAUGAAGAGGCAGGCAGGAUAUCUGCACUGAGGGAGGAAGAGGAGCAGAAGAGUCACAUGAUGAAGGAGAAGAUUGAGAAGAUCACAAACGAGAUAUCAUCCCUCUCAGAAACCAUCAGAGCCUUAGAACAGGAGCUGGGAGCUGAAGACGUCUCAUUCCUACUGAAAUAUAAGGACAUACAGAGAAGAGCCCAGUGCCCAGUGCAGGAUCCAGAGGAGGUUUCAGGAGCCCUGAUUAAUGUGGCCAAACACCUGGGCAACCUGAGCUACAGAGUGUGGGAGAAGAUGCUGGAGAAGAAAGAGAUUAAAUACACUCCUGUGAUUCUGGACCCAAACACAGAAAAUGUCUGUUUCACACUGUCUGAUGAUCUGACCGCUGCUACCUGGAGUAAUGAGAUACAGGAAUAUCCUAAUAACUCAGAGAGGUUUAUAUGGCCCAGUGUGCUGGGAUCUGAGGGAUUCAGCUCAGGGAAACACUGCUGGGAUGUAGAUGUGGGGGAUGGAGUUACCUGGAGGCUGGGUGUGGUUACAGAGUCCAUCAACAGGAAAGGGCUUUCCCCUCUGAUGCCAGAAGGGGGCGUAUGGAGUAUAGAGCUGCAUAAUGGUAAAUACAGAGCAAUGACCUCACCACCAGUCCCUCUGUCUGUGAGAAGGAAACCCCAGAGGAUCAGAGUGCAGCUGGACUGGGACAGGGGAGAGCUGUCAUUCUCUGAUCCCAGCAAUAACACUUCUCUCUGCACUUUUAAACAUAUAUUCACUGAGAGGCUGUUUCCAGUCUUCUGUGCCUGGGGUGACUGGCUUAAUCUGAAAAUCUGCCCAGUGGAUGUUUCCAUUACAGUGGCAGCAGUAAAUAAAUAUAAGGAAACACAGAGAAGAGCCCAGUGUCCAGUGCGGGAUCCAGUGGAGGUUUCAGGAGCCCUGAUUAAUGUGGCCAAACACCUGGGCAACCUGAGCUACAGAGUGUGGGAGAAGAUGCUGGAGAAGAAUGAGAUUAAAUACACUCCUAUAAUUCUGGACCCAAACACAGCACACAGAAAUCUAAUGCUGGCAAAGGACCUGAAGAGCAUAAUAUACAAUGAUUUCAGACAGAAACUGCCUGAUCCCCCGGGGAGGUUUGAUGUAUGGAGGGGCAUCCUGGGAUCUGAAGGAUUCAGCUCAGGGAAACACUACUGGGAUGUAGAAGUGGGGGACGGAACACGCUGGAACUUGGGUGUGGUUAGAGAGUCCAUCAAAAGAAAGGGGCUUUUCCCUCUGAUGCCAGAAGGGGGCGUAUGGAGUAUAGAGCUGCAUAAUGGUAAAUUCACAGCAAAGACCUCACCACAUGCCUUUCUGUCUGUGGGGAGGAAACCCCAGAGGAUCAGAGUGCAGCUGGACUGGGACAGGGGAGAGCUGUCAUUCUCUGAUCCCAGUAACAACACUCCUCUUUACACUUUUAAGGACACUUUCACUGAGAAGCUAUUUCCAUUCUUCUGUACCAGCGAUAACAGGGUUCCUCUGAAAAUCUGCCCAAUUAAUGUUUCCGUUACAGUGGCAGCAGUGAAUCUCUGA